AUGGUAUUCCAUCGUUUAACAUUUCUCUCUGCAUGUAUUCAACGUUCGUCGAAUCUAUUCAUUCGUUCUCAUCAAUGUCAAAUAUAUAAAUUUACACCUCGCCGCCAAUUUUCGUUAACAUUUCGUAAUCAACGCGGCGAUCGUCCACCGCCAUCAGCUAAAAAUGCCGAAAAACGACCUAAAGUUAAACUGUCAUUCAAUGAACUUGGAAGGCUGUUCCAACUAGCCCAACAUGAAAAAGGUCGAAUUGGCUGUGCUAUUGCUCUUCUUUUUCUUUCCAGUGGUGUUACAAUGUCUGUACCAUAUUUUCUCGGCAAAAUUAUCGAUAUGUUACAAACAUAUAAACACGAUGAAUUACGCACUCGUUUGAAACAAAUGACAUUAGUUUUAGUCGGCGUUUUCGCUGUUGGCGCAGUAGCUAAUUUCGGACGGGUUUAUCUAAUCUUAACGACAUCACAGCGAAUCAUUAAGCGUAUACGUGAACAAUUGUUCAAUAGCAUCCUUCGAAAAGAAAUGGCGUUUUUUGAUAAGCAAAAAACAGGUGAAUUGGUUAACCGAUUGUCAUCCGAUACGGAAGUGAUGUCCAAUGCAGUAACACAGAAUAUCUCUGAUGGCCUUCGAGCGCUGACACAAUCCGCAGCUGGUGUUGGUUUGAUGUUUUAUAUUAGUCCGCAAUUAGCAUUAGUUGGCUUAACGACAGUGCCACCGUUAGCUGUUGGUGCCAUUCUUUUCGGAAGGUAUAUUAAAAGACUAUCGUCUAAAGUACAAGAUGCACUGGCUCAAGCAACUGACGUUGUUGAAGAACGUUUUUCCAAUAUCAGAACAGUAAAAGCUUUUUCUAAAGAAGAACAAGAAAUACAAUUAUACAACCAACGGAUUAGUGAUGUGUUGAAAUUGAAGUAUAAAGAAUCACUAGCUUACGGUGUGUUUUUUGGCAUGACUGGCUUAUCAGGAAAUUUAAUUGUGUUAAGUGUCUUCUACUUUGGCGGGGUAUCGAUGAGUCAAGAAUCGUUAACUAUUGGCGAUUUAUCAAGUUUUCUACUAUAUGCAUUUUGGGUUGGAAUAUCAAUCUCCGGUAUAUUUUCUUUCCAUUUGGAAUUGAUGAAAGGUGUUGGAGCUAGUCAAGCAGUAUGGUCGAUCUUGAACGAAAAUCACAAUGAAAAACUACCUUUUGUUGGUGAAAAUCAACGCACUAUUCAGGGAGAAGGAUUAACAUCAGCAUUGAUGCUUCGUGAUAUCAUAUUUGAUUCAGUAUCAUUUCGUUACCCAACUCGACCUGAUGUACUCGUGCUCGAUAAUCUAACGCUUCGUGUACCUGGUGGUCAAGUUUUAGCUAUUUGCGGUAGUUCAGGUUCAGGCAAAUCAACACUAGCUCAAUUACUAUUGCGCUUUUACGAACCUCAAUCAGGAAAAAUCUCAAUCGGUCAAAUUCCUAUUACUGACAUGCCACUACAAUGGUUACGUACAAACAUUGGAACAGUACCGCAAGAACCAGUUCUAUUUUCAUCGUCAAUAUAUGAGAAUAUCGCCUAUGGAUAUCCUGGUCCAUUAGAAAGUGCACAAGAGACGCUUCUCAAACCGAAAGUAUUAGAAGCAUCAAAUACAGCAAAUGCAAGUGGAUUCAUAGAACAAUUACCAGAGAAGUACAAUACAAAGGUUGGAGAACGAGGUGCCAUGCUUUCAGGUGGCCAAAAACAACGUGUUGCACUCAGUCGUGCUAUUCUACGAGAUCCAAGCAUUCUCGUAUUGGACGAAGCCACAUCAGCACUCGAUGCACAAUCGGAAUAUUUAGUUCAAGAAGCGCUAGAAAAGAUCAUGGUCAAUCGAACGGUUAUCAUCAUUGCACAUCGUCUGUCAACAAUAAUCAAAGCUGAUCAAAUUGCUGUCCUUGACAAAGGUCGUAUAGCUGAACAGGGCACCUAUGCUCAACUAAUGAACAUCGAAAAUGGUAUAUUUCGAAAACUAGUGGCUACACAAACCAUGGUUGAUGUAGAUGUGGGAGCAUAA